CCUUGCUAAGCCUGAGUUGGGAUUUGAUGCUUUGAGCCUUAAUUAAAAGGUUGUGACAGCAUCUGUGGUAAAAAUGAGGUGAAACUAAUUUAGGUUGCAGUGCCUGCCCAUACUGAGAUCUGUGAAGCCUUCAAACUAGAAGGGGUGAGAUUUAAACUGGAUAUAAGGAAAAAACUUUUUACAGUAAAGACAGCGAAGCACUGGCACAGCCUGCCCUGAGAGGUGGUGGUGCCCAGUCCCUGCAGGCACCCAGGGUUGGGGUGGAUGGCACUCUGAGCACCUGGUGGAGCUGUAGGUGCCCCUCUUCAUUGCAGGGAGUGGGAGCAGAUCGCCUUUAAGGGUGACUUCCAACUCAAACAAUUCCAUGAUUCAUUUUACCUUUUCUCCCCAGCAUGCAUUGAGAAUAUAAAGGGUGCUGCUGAAGAUAAAACAAAUCUUCAUGAGCAAAAGUGAAACUGGAUUGUCAAUCAGUCCAAGAAUGAGCACAUGCAAGAAGCCUUAUGUUGACCAGACUACAAAUCUUGAAAAGUUUGACCCUGAAAUUCUUUCUGAAAUUGAGAAGCUCUUUGCAAAGAAGUUUUCUUACACUAAGCCACUUAAUAACGAAUGGCAGCUCCCAGAUCCCAGCGAUGCCUUCACGUGUGACCACAAGGAAUUAAACUCGCUUCUUGAUCUGAAGAACUCGAUGAAUGAAGUGAAGAAUCAGCUUAGUGAUAAGAAUCUUAUUGAAUGGCAUCAGCACACUUCGUUUACCAAUAAAGCAGGAAAAAUAAUUCCGCAUGUGAAGAAAUCUGUAAAUGCUGAGCUAUGCACCCAGGCCUGGUGCAAGUUUCAUGAGAUGCUGUGCAGUUUUCCUCUUCUCCCUGCAGAAGCUCUUCAGGAGGGACAGCUGAAUUCUGUUCACCUCUGUGAAGCACCGGGAGCUUUUAUAGCCAGCCUCAAUCACUACUUGAAAUCCCACCACAUCCACUGUGACUGGAAUUGGGUGGCUAAUACUCUAAACCCGUAUCAUGAAGCGAAUGAUACCCUCAUGAUGAUUAUGGAUGACCGUCUUAUAGCAAAUACGCUGCCUUGGUGGCACUUUGGCCCGGACAACACCGGCGAUGUGAUGUCACUGAAACAUCUGACAGGACUUCAGAACUUUGUAAGUAAUAUGGCCACGAUUCACUUAGUAACUGCAGAUGGCAGUUUUGAUUGCCAAGGAAAUCCAGGUGAACAGGAAGCCCUUGUCUCCCCCCUCCAUUACUGUGAAACAGUCACUGCUUUAAUGAUCCUGGGCGCUGGAGGAUCCUUUGUUUUGAAGAUGUUUACCCUGUUUGAGCACUGUUCUACCAAUCUUCUCUUUCUGCUGAACUGCUGUUUUGAGGAGGUCCAUGUCUUUAAGCCAGCCACUAGCAAAGCUGGAAACUCGGAGGCCUAUGUAAUUUGUCUUCGUUACAUGGGCAGAGAGAGCAUUCAUCUGCUGCUUUCUAAGAUGAUGCAGAACUUUGGGACAGAUAUGGUCAACAAAGCUCUUUUCCCCCAGCAUCUGAUCCCAGAAUCUUUUCUUAAAAUGCACGAAGAAUGUUGCGUGUUCUUCCACAGAUGCCAAGUAGAGACUAUCUGUGAAAACAUCUAUCUCUUUGAGCACAUGGAGGAAGCAGAGCAGACAAAACUGAACAAGUUAAGAGAUUGUGCAGUAGAGUUUUUCAUGCAGAGAUUUUGUAUGAAACCCAUUGCUAGAAGUAACUGGCUUGUCAAGAAAUCUCAGACUGGUUGCAGCAUGAAUGCAAAAUGGUUUGGGCAAAGGAACAAAUAUUUUAGUACGUACAAUGAAAGAAAAAUGCUGGAAACUCUUACGUGGCAUGAUAAAGUGGCAAAGGGCUAUUUAAAUCACGUGGCUGAAGAACACAGCUUAAAUAAUGCUGGUAAAAUGUGCGUUUUGGAAGGAUCGUCUUCUAACCUUAAGUGUAACUUGUGGUACAUUUUGGAAGGAAAGAGGCUACCAGCGGUAAAAUGUUCACCAUUUUGUGAUGGCCAAGUCUUGGAAAAUCUUAACGAAGCUAUGAAUGAACUGGUGGGAAGACCAAAAACCAAACAGCUGCUGCAGCUUUGUCACUCCUGUGAGGUACUUCCUGGGGAGCAGAUACUGGCAGAAGUGUCUGAUCUUUACCAAUCUUAUCAGGAGAUCCUGAAUGGAAGACGUGGGGACAAAUGCAAGUGCCUUGUGGUGGAUUUCCCAUCCCUUUAUGAUACUGAAAGCCAGCCCAGUAUGGAAAUAAAGUGCCUAGACUCGGCCAUGCUGCUGACUUGUAGCUUCUCUUUGCUUUAUGAUGGAGAACCAAAAUACCAAGAGCAGCUUUUGGAGUGUGUUCUGCAUUCCCUGAAUCAGCUUACGAUAGGAGAUGCAUUGAUUCUGCCUCUUCUUUCUUGUUUCACACGUUUCACAGCUGGCCUGGUGUUUGUACUGCAUUGCUGUUUCAGGUGCAUCACGUUUGCUUGUCCGACGUCCCACGAGCCACUAAAGACCUGCGCUGUUUUGCUGUGUGUUGGUUACCAGGGUGUCCCAAACCCAGUUAUUGAGUACCUGCAACAUCUGCAUAAGAUAAUGAGUUCUUUGCUAGACUCGGAUUCUCCCAAGCAAGUUUUGCAGUUUGUGCCUAUGGAGAGUCUCCUCCAGGGCAAACUGUUGGAGUUCUUGUGGGAUUUGAACACAGCCAUUGCAAAGAGACAGCUCCACUUGCUUGUGCAAGCUAAGCAGCAGCAAAUGACUGGCAGUAUUUCACUAUAAAAUAACCCUAAAAUUGAUCAGGUUGCUGCUAUGCCUUGUUUCUCAGGCAGGUAGGAGUUAAAUGUUGAUGUGAAGGUAACAUCAAUGCCAUGCCUAAGUUUUGCAGUCACAGCACUGGGAGGAUGUUUUGAGCUAUCAACCCUACUUGUGGUGCACUGGCCUGUAGAAACCCUUGGCUUAAUCUCAGGUAUGGGAAGAUGGGGCAGUGAUUGAAGUGGACAAACUGUUUCGUCUGUCGCAGUUAUCUGUUCAAAUUUCUUAGUGUACCACCUGGAUCAGUGAUGUGGCUUUUGUGAUGAAAGGUGGUGUGGUGCCUUACCUGUUUAUUCUGGCCAGACCGCGGUGGGCUUUGUUUCGUGAUGUUACCUCUCUUCUGCUGAGCUACAUGUGGGAGUUCUGACACUAAUUUUCUUAUGGGAUUUGUGGGAGCCAAAAAUUGAUGUUGGGGCCAGAAUGCCCAGCAGUAUGCAAGCCUUGUAUGCAGCUUCAGGGAUGAGUGUCUUGGGAGCUGGCAGCUGGCUUGCAGGAGCCGGGUUGAAAACAACCGCCUUUAAACAGGAGCAGAGGCAUCCAGGGAAAGAUUCUCUUUAACUUGAAAUGUGAAUGCAAGGACCAUGCCAUAUGGCCUAGGAGAGGUGAUUGUAUGGCUUCAUCUCCCUGUCCCAUCAAUGGAUGGAGUAUUUUAACUUUUUCUUUAUGGGCACCUCCUUAACUUGAUUUGGGACUCCUUGAUUGUAAUGCUAUUAAGGAGGAACUGCAAAUGUUUUUCAGGCUAACAGCGUGGUCACGCAGGGCUCUGUGUUCCAAGAAAUGCUCUGGAGGAGUGCUAAGCUGAAGAAAUGUGAUACUUUCUUUGGGUUAAGAUUUCAUUUGGUUCUCCUUAGAGAUAAAAAUGAUGAAAUUGCUGACUGACUGCUCCUUUAAGGGAGUCAAAUUUUAUUUUUCAUAUUGCUCCUUUGAGAGCUGAAUUUUGAAGCCUAACUCGUAUAUUAACAUUUAGUUUUAAGUUUGUAGUUUACAUGGGAAAACUUGCUUGGAGGGAGAAAUGAUGUUUGGAAGGAAAAAUGAUUUACUGCAGAUAUGUGCAGGAUCUCUUAGAAGAAAGUCAGAAAUGUGGAGCCAGAAGGAAAAUAGUCUCCCGAUUAAUUACCAGUCACCUUCUGGAAGCACUUCUAAAUAUGUAAUAUAGGAGCUUGAAGGAUAAUUGAUUACUGCUAAGGAUUAAAAGCGCUGCUGAAAAACUGUUUUGUCUGGAGGUGCUACACAUUUAAUAAGAUUUUUUGCCACGUUGAUUGGGGUAGAAUUUCUUGCAUUUAACAGUUCAUUUUUUAUUUAAGGAUUUGAUAGGUGAAUGAGUUGGUGGCUCAGGUCUGACUAACUGAUAGCAUUUUCUAAAAGUCAUGUUUUUUACAGCUGCAUGUAGGUAGAAGCAGAGAAGCCUUGCUAACAAAAGCUUCGGGGGUUGGUCAUUGUCCCCUUUCAUUUAUUUAAAUGAACUUGCUCUCUCAUGAGCUGAGUCAUGCUUCCUCCCUCGGACCAGGAUUCAGGACUUCUUUUAAAAAAGAAAUACUGAAAAUGAGAGAAAAAAGCAGGAAAGGAAUAUUGUAGAAGAAUGACUGACAAGACGGGUUCAGAGACCACCUGUAACAGCUUCCUUUACCCGAGUCAAAGCAGAAUAAAGGUAUUGUCCACCGAAGACACCUUUGUGUCUCUGCUGCUGUUUCAGAGGUGAUUUAUGCAUCUGAAGCUUGCACUGAGCUGAAGCAAAUGAAAAGGCUCCUCUUAAAGCAGGGGCAAAUGAGAUUUUGAGUGCACGGGUCUUCUUGCAUUGUGGUAUUCUGCUCUGGAGGCUCAGGUAGCAGAAGCAUCCCAACCAGCAGAUGAAUAAUGUGAGGUUUUUCUCCUAACGUCAGUCUGAUGUUUUUGAAUUCUUACUGUAAUGUUAAAAUCUGAGCACCACUCAGGAUCUGUUUUUCAAACUUGGAUUUUCAAGCUUUCCUUGGUCUGGUUUGCACAUCUGACAAACUAUGCAGACUUCUUGGAGAUUUCUCCAAUCCCACCUUUCCUCACCGUGUUCUCCUUCCCUUUCUUCCUUAGUUUUUAAGACAAAGCAUUUUGAAUAGCCACAGAAUGAGAAGCCAGAUCCUUAAAACAUAGGAAGUCCAGUGUCAUAUACAUCCCAUUGCCCCAUUUGCUCUGGACCUGUUCUGUUGGCAGCUGUCAGGAGGUGAGGGAACAAAUCCUUUGGCAGCAGCUGCUUCUUUUGUUAAGGAAAAUAUCUGAUUUGGAAACUCUUCUUUUGUUGUUGUCUUAGUGACGCUUGUCUCUUUAAUUGUGAGAGUCCUGCAUUGUCCUGGCUGUCUCUAGGCCAAGAAUUUCUUUGAGAAGUGACACUUAAUUUCACUUGUGGCUUUUGGAACAUGUAAGAAUGCAUUAACCUUUGCAGAGAGGGGCUGAUGGUUGGUCAGUGCUGUCAGUCCCUUUGGCUGAUUGGGUUUUGGGUGAUGGCUGAUGAGGUGUCUCAAUGUCCUGGCUGCCUUUAUGUUGGCCUCUCUUUUUUUUCUUUGACCUGUUUGAAGAUGAACUGGUUGUCAGCUCUCUUUUGUAGGAGCCUCGAUCUUCAUGCAGAAAAGAUGGUGGGGGUUGGGGGGGGGAAACAGAUUGGUGGAUAAAUAGAACAUAGAUUCAAUCAAGGUGCGUGAAGACUUGAAGCAAAAUUAGUUUUGCAGCAUGUUUCCAAUGGAGGACCAAUAUCUGUGUCCAGUGAUCAGCUGCAAGCUCCACUGUUUUCUCAACGUCUGGAGCUUCUGUUUUAAGCUAGCACAGUAGUUGCAUGGAGUUUGAAUGGAUUGGAUGCCUCACCAACCGAAUGUGUUGGUUUUCAUUUUUAGUUGAGUUGCGCUGAGGCUUGCCAGUUAUUUUCACUGAUAUUAUGUGGAUUUAUUUGGAUGUGCACAGAUUGUGUGUUUUUGCCACUGGCUUUCCAAUUUAAUUUCUGUGAAACAUAAUGAGAUUUAUGGUAUGAAAUCCGGUAGCUUAUUAAAAUGGUACUAAUUGGUGUCUAUUCAUCUUAAUUUAAGCUGAUCUAUUAAAUUACUGGUGGUCAAAGUAGAAUAUUUAGCAGAAUUACAGUUUAUUAAAAGCACAACUUGAAAUUUAACAAGAAGGGCUUCGUGUUCCUUAUGUAGAAAGUGGGAGAAGAAAAGAAGAAACCCCACACCUUGAUGUUGGACCUCUGCAACUGGAAGCUUUAGGAUGCAAUAAAUGAAGGGUGACCAGCAAGCUGAAACCUCAGAGCCUUACCAUCUUUUGCUACUGUUCCUAAAGCCCAUCUUUUGAUAUCUGUUUAAUUUAGAGAUGAUUUUCAGUUUGUUAAUUCUUAAUGGUGAAGCGGUGGAAGUCCUAUGUUAAUUUGUCGUACUGUUUUGGUUGGUGUGAAAUGCUUUUGUUUAUUGGCUUUAAACAAGACCCUCUGUCUCAGCUGCAGCCUUUGAAUAUCUAUCUCUUAUUUUUUUAGCGCUUUGAAGGCAGAGAGAUUAAAAUCUCCUCCCAGAAGCCUGGUAAUGGUUUCUCCAUCUCAUUCUUGAAACCGUUUUCGUGAAUGCCAUUCGGAUAUCCUCAGCUCCAGUUGUUUGUGUUGCAUUCACCUGACAAAGAUCAAGCGUGGCUGUUUAUGCUGGUGAUGCAUUCAGCCUGUGGCUGCUCAUUUCUUACUCCUCAGGGAACAAUUUGGAUUGCCGUUGAGCCCUCCUGUGCCACUUGUAGGGGUCCAGAGCUGAAUGCAAGUCUGAACAAUGGAAUUUGCUGAAAGAAUUAGCUGGUGGCUGUAGGGACUUAAAAAAGCAGAACCUUUAUGAGACGUUUAAAUGCAGGGCAUUUUCCCACAGCAAGGAGAGGCCUUUCUUUGCUCAGAAUUCUAUUUUAAAGAAGCUCUGAGGUGUGAGCAUCUGUGCAAGUAGUUUGCCUGUUGUUUGUUGCCUUUCUUUUACGCACGCAGUACGUUUGUGCUUGUGUGUAUGGAAGCCCCCGCGAAGAUGGUACAGCAAGGAAGAUUCUUCUUUUGUAACUCAUCAGUGUGUGCUUCUGUUUUGAAGGGUGUGAAUGUAAAUAUUGUUUUGAUGUACAUUAUGGGAUGUUGGUUUAUGGGGCUGUUGAGUAUUUCUGUUUGGCCCGCGAAUGUGUGUUAAAAGAGCUUAUCUGAAUGGAUGGAAAACAAAAUGUAUGCAGAGAAAAUAAACUAUGUUCUGUUUUA